AUGCAAAAGACGAACGAUCCAGAAUUUAACGAAAUGUUCAGCUUCGACGUGCCCCUUCAACACGUUGUCCCAAUUAAAAUGUUGCAGUUCACCGUCUAUGAUUUCGGAGGCCGCUUCACGAGGCAUGGGUUGAUAGGCAACGUAAUUAUGCGCGACCUGUUCGACAAGAGCGACUUAUACGCGUGGACCGAGUUAACGAUGCAAAUCGUCUGCAGCCAGGUGAGGGAAAAGAACGAUUUUGGCGAUCUGCUGCUCUACUUGUCGUACUCGGUGACCGAGCAGAAGUUGUGGGUCACCGUCGCCAAGGCGUACAACCUACGGCCGAUGGACAUCACCGGAGCGUCGGUAGGCCCGUACGUGAAGGUGGAACAGGUGUACCGGGGGCGACGGGUGAAGCUACGCAAGACUACGACGAAACGCGCAAAUUUGAACCCGGUAUACCACGAGACGCUCGAGUUCGACCUGCCCUCCACGCAGGCCGGCGGAGACAAACAUGCUAGUGCAAGUGAUGGACUGGGAUCGCAUCGGAAAAGACGACCUCCUUGGCUGUCACGAUACUCGGGCACA